AUGCAAGGGUGGCUGUUCUACAGUGAUCAAUCGUUCUGGCGCACAGCACAGGCGGAAGCUCUUCUUACCUCUGUGCCCACUGGACGCUUGUUAGUGUUGGACCUGGCGUCAGAGGUCGCUCCACAAUACUCACGUCUACAGUCUUACUUCGGCCAGCCCUUCAUCUUCUGUAUGUUGCAUAACUUUGGCGGCGUCGAUGGUCUCUUUGGCAAUGUUGAUGUCUUGCUCAAGAACUAUGAAGAUGCCAGGAACUUCCCCAAUGUGACUAUGGUCGGCACUGGUCUCACUCCGGAAGGAAUCAAUCAAAACUAUGUCAUGUAUGACUUUAUGAACGAGCUUGGGUGGAGGCCAGCCGCUCCUCAGGUCUCCUCUUGGGCAGCGGACUACGCCAGCAGACGGUAUGGUUCUAAUGAUGGACGUUUAGGCCAGGCAUGGAACUUACUUAUGAGGAGUGUGUACAACAACACUGUCAACACGGUCAACCAUGGACAAUAUGUUAUUGUUAAACGACCCAAAUUAAACCUCCAGCCUGACAAGCUGUGGUAUUCAGUGUCUGAUGUGGUGGCAGCUUGGGACCUCCUGGUAUCUGUUGUCCAAGACAAGAAUCAGGGAUUAAACAUAGAGUCUCAACAGAUUUACCAGGAAUAUGGUGCAAAUCAGAGCCCCCCGAGUCCUCUAAGAAAAAAGACAAUAGCCAAUAAAAAAAUCACUAAACAAGAAAUUCUACAUAAGAGCAUUAGAUUAUUCAAACGGUCGACUGUUGAUGGUGAUGUGGAAGCUGGAGAUGAUGACGCCUCUGGUGGCGAGAAGAUGAAGCUUGACACACUGAGUCAGCUGUUGCAGAGAACUGAAGCAGCAAACUUUAAGGAAAGAGAAGUUAGUGAAGGUGAAGUUGACUGGAGGCUGAUUGGAGAUAACAUGGCAGUACUAGUGGAACAUGAAGACGACGAUGAGGAAGGAGAGAAUCAUAAAUAUGUUAAUAAUGAAUAUGAGCAACACAAACUAGAAAGAAAGAUUAAACUAGAAAAUAGUAAUUACAUGCAAGAUGAAGGAUUGUUUGCAGGCUCAGUAGAAGAGGAAGAUGAUGUAAGGUCAAGAAAGGAAAAGAUAAAUACUGAAGGAGUAAUGGAAACCAGAUAUAAAUCAGUAACUGACCAGGCAACUUUCCAACAUGAUCUAGUAGAUGUGACCAGACAAAUAUUACAGGUUGUUGGAGGAGAGAUGGCGCUCACUCUGAUAACAAACUACAACAAUCAAGUCUUGCUGGCGCUUCAAGAGUCUCAUCACCUACUGCAGGUUAUUUUAACUGAUCUGGACCUCUUGCUGGGCUCAUCUCCAGACUUUCUUCUUGGACGCUGGCUUGAAGAUGCUGCGUCUUGGGCCACCAAUGAAAAGGAGCGUGAUCAGUACAUCUUCAACGCACUCAAUCAGAUCUCACUGUGGGGACCCACUGGAGAGAUUCAUGACUACGCCAUAAAGCAAUGGUCUGGACUGAUUACAAAUUACAUUAAGCCACGUUGGGAGUUCUUCUCAGAGACCCUUGAGACAAGCCUGGAACAAGGAAAGCCUUUCAAUGAAGAACAAUUCAACUGGGAUCUAUUUACACUUGUUGAAGAUCCCUUUACGAAGGAAACUAAUGUCACUUAUCCUACUGACCCUCAAGGUAAGUGUUGUAACUGCAUGUAUGUGGCCUGAUCCGAGAAAGGUAUC